GACUGCUCCAAGUUACGAGAAUCGUAGUGCUGGCCAAGAACACAAAUCAAGCAGAUGGUUCCAUCAUGGACCGAGGCUGUGGCGCGCUGCCUGGUAGCAAGAUUUCUCAACCGAUUCGUAUCCAUCGGCAGCUUGACAUUGCUCGAAGAUGGAGGCAGCACGUUGAGCUUCGGCGAUUCCAGUGACGAAUGCCAAGUAAAAUCGGCUCUGCGAGUUCAUGACCCCGUGUUCUACUGGAAGAUCGCAACGGAAUCUGACCUUGGUUUGGCAGACGCCUACAUCAACGGCUGGUGCUCUUUUCUCGAUGAGAAAGAAGGCCUUCUAAAUCUUUUCCUGAUUUUCAUUGCCAACAGAGACAAGAGCAGUAGCAGCAUUGUCAGCAAAAGAGGCUGGUGGACACCCAUGAUUCUAACAGCUGGGGUGUCAUCUGCAAAAUAUUUCUUGCGCCACCUCUCGAGGAACAACUCCGUAACACAAACUCGUCGAAACAUCUCACAGCACUAUGAUCUGAGUAACGAUUUCUUCUCGCUUUUUCUGGACAAAUCGAUGACGUACUCCUGUGGAAUUUUCAAGAAAGAGGACGAAAGCUUAGAAGCAGCCCAGCUACAUAAACUGAGCCUUCUAAUUGACAAGGCUAAAGUCCAAAGGGAUCAUCAAGUUCUUGACAUCGGAAGCGGCUGGGGAAGCUUAGCGAUACAGUUGGUCAAGCAAACUGGCUGCAAAUACACUGGAAUAACUUUGUCGGAGGAACAGCUUAAAUACGCCCAGAGGAAAGUGAAAGAAGCUGGAUUAGAGGAUCACGUAACUUUCCUGCUGUGCGACUACCGUAAAAUACCAGCUCGCAAAUAUGACAGGAUCAUAAGCUGCGAGAUGAUCGAACAUGUUGGCCAUGAAUACAUGGAUGCAUUUUUUACCUGCUGCAAGUCUCACUUAACUGAAGACGGCAUAUUUGUCCUCCAGGGUGCCAAGCCAAGAUUGAAGCCAAACCCCGUCAACGAAAGAUACAAGAAGAACAAGAGAAGAGAAGGAAGAUCUCUUGUUGGUGCCGAGUACACCUCCGAUGAAGGAAGUGAUGAUGAGGAGAAGGUUGUGGGUGUGGCCGGUUUGGCUCUUGCCGUACCCGGGUCACUCUUCACCUAUGAUUACACCAAGGACUACUCUGACAACUCUGACAUUCCUAACAACAGCGGCACGUGUCUCAUGGUAAGAGGAUCUAUGGAGGACAAUCUUGACCUCUCCACCAUUCCCAAGAACUCUGACAUUUGCCUCAUGGCAAGAAGUUCGAAGAAUAAGAAGUUGAAAGAACAACUUGAGAAGGAGUGUCUCACACCUCCUACCAAGGGUAAGACCCUUGAUGAUGUUCUUGCUCAUCAAAGGGUGAGAGCUCACAAGCAAGGCAUUGGGUACAACCCAAGGAAUGACAAGAAUGGUGCCACUCCACCGACCAAGGUGAACUGUGUGCGAGAAGGGCACAAGGUGGAUGGCAAUGCUAAGAAGGCCGUUGUGAAUGGGGGAGUCACAAGGGGCAGCCCCAAUCGCAAGUUUGCGGGGAAGAACAACCCAUCUUAUGUGCUAUUAUAUGAUCUGGAUGUUGAUGUAGUCCUGUCUACUAAUACUGCUAAUUCUAUGAAGACUGCAAGAUAUGUGGUGCCGGCUAGACGCCAAGAAUCUAUCGAGCAUGAUUCUAGCAAUGACGGUGAGGUGAAGAAAGAG